UCCCCGCGGUGUCCUCCGGUGCACCGCGAAGCCGGUGCUCUCCGGGGCGGGGUUCGGGCCACGUUCGUGCCCCGGAGGGCGGAUUUCGGGGAAGGGCUUGAUUUUUGGGGAGGCGGGGUCAUCUCAGCCCAGCCCAGCCCCGCCCAGCCCAGCUCGGCCCGGUGCGGACUGGGACGGGGACGGGGACGGCGUCGGGUCCGGGCGCUCGGCGGGAUGGGGGGCCACGGGGACAACUACUACGGCAAACACGGAACGCCACAGAAGUAUGACCCGACUUUCAAAGGUCCCAUCUAUGACAGGGGCUGCACUGACAUCAUCUGCUGCGUCCUGCUCGUGGUGGCCAUCGUGGGCUACGUGGUGGUCGGCGUCGUGGCCUGGACCCACGGGGACCCCCGGAAGGUGAUCCACCCCACGGACAGCCGCGGGCAGUUCUGCGGGCAGCAGGGGACCCCCAACGAGAAAAAACCUUUCCUUUUUUACUUUGACAUCGUCAAGUGCGCGAGCCCGCUGGUGCUGCUGGAAUUCCAGUGCCCGACCACGCAGAUCUGCGUCAGCAAAUGCCCUGACCGGUACAUGACAUACAUGACCGCCUACGGAAACCCCACCUCGCUGCAAUAUUACCGGGAUUUCUGCACCCCCGAGUUCGGGAACUCGCAGAAGGGUCCCAUCGAGGUGUUGAAGGACAAGGAGUGUCCGGCCAUGCUCAUUCCCAGCACCCCACUGGCACGGAGGUGCUUCCCGGCCAUCCAGGCCAAGAAGGGCGUCAUCAUGGUGGGCAACGAGACCACCUACGACGAUGGCCGCGGGCACCGCAGGAACGUCACUGAGCUGCUGGAAGGGGCCAAAAAAGCCAACGUGGUGCUGGAGACCCGGCAGCUGGCCAUGAAGAUCUUCGAGGAUUACACGGUGUCCUGGUACUGGAUCAUCAUAGGCCUCGUCAUCGCUAUGGUAGCCAGCCUGAUCUUCAUCGUGCUGCUGCGCUUCCUGGCCGGGAUCAUGGUCUGGGUGAUGAUUGUGAUGGUGAUCCUGGUGCUGGGAUAUGGAAUCUUCCACUGUUACAUGGAAUACGCCAAGCUGAAAGGGGAAGCGGGGUCGGACGUGUCCCUGACGGACCUGGGCUUCCAGACCGACCUCCGUGUCUACCUCCACCUGCGGCAGACGUGGCUGGCGUUCCUGAUCAUCCUGUGCGUGCUGGAGCUGGUGAUCGUGCUGCUGCUCAUCUUCCUGCGCAAGAGGAUCCUCAUCGCCAUUGCGCUCAUCAAGGAGGCCAGCAGGGCCAUUGGUCACGUCAUGUCGUCGCUGCUGUUCCCCUUGUGCACCUUCUUCCUGCUGUGCCUCUGCAUCGCCUACUGGGCCAGCACUGCAGUCUUCCUGUCUACCUCCAACGAGGCUGUUUACAAGGUGUUCAAUGAGUCCACGUGCCCCUUCUCUGGGCAGACCUGCAAUCCCGAGACCUUCAACACCAGCAACGUCACCAAGCUGUGCCCUGAUGCCCAGUGCCUCUUCGCGUUCUACGGCGGCGAGACCGCCUAUCACAAGUACCUCAUCGUGCUCCAGUUCUUCAACGUCUUCAUGUUCUUCUGGCUCGCCAACUUCGUCAUCGCGCUGGGCCAGGUGACGCUGGCGGGCGCCUUCGCCUCCUACUACUGGGCCUUCAAGAAGCCCGACGACAUGCCGGCCUUCCCGCUCUUCUCCGCCUUCGGCCGCGCGCUCCGGUACCACACCGGCUCGCUGGCCUUCGGCUCGCUAGUCCUGGCCAUUGUCCAGGUCAUUAGGGUCACGCUGGAGUACCUGGACCACCGGCUGAAAGCUGCCGAGAACAAGUUUGCCAAGUUCCUCCUGAGCUGCCUCAAGUGCUGCUUCUGGUGCCUGGAAAAGUUCAUCAAGUUCCUCAACAGGAACGCCUACAUCAUGAUCGCCGUCUACGGCACCAACUUCUGCACCUCGGCCCGGAAUGCGUUCUUCCUGCUGAUGAGGAACAUCAUCCGGGUGGCCGUGUUAGAUAAAGUCACGGAUUUCCUCUUCUUCCUUGGGAAGCUCCUCAUUGUGGGAAGCGUGGGAAUCCUCGCCUUCUUCUUCUUCACCCAGCGGAUAAAGCUGGUCCAGGACACAGCGCCGUCGCUGAAUUACUACUGGGUCCCGAUUCUGACAGUGAUCGUGGGCUCCUACCUCAUUGCCCACGGGUUCUUCAGCGUGUACGGCAUGUGCGUGGACACCCUCUUCCUCUGCUUCUUGGAAGACCUGGAGCGCAACGACGGCUCUGCGGAAAAGCCCUACUUCAUGUCCCAGAACCUGAGGAAGCUGCUCAAGAAGACCAACAAAGGCCAGCCCGACGCGUAGCGCCGUGCCCGGAGACCACCCGGCACUGCCUGUCCCUUGUGGAAUUCGCCUCUAUGGACCUUGGACCACCCCUCCUCCCCCCCGGCAGCAUGGGGGGACCGGUAAAACGCAGACUGUUGAUGAUUCGGCCUUAAAUCCUCGCGUUGGUGAUGGUGACGAGCUUGUCACCACUAAUGAGCCGCAGGGCCCAUGCCAGCCCCACUCCUGGGCUGUGGCAGGGCCAAAAUCCCAAUUCCUGGGGGUCAGCGGCUCCAAAGUGAGUUGAACUGGGUUUGAUCCCAGUUUGAUCCCAGUAAAUCCUUCUGCGGCCGGCGUUUCCUCGGCGUCCGGGGGGAUCCGGGCGGAUGUGGGCACAGAGGGGACGCGCGAAUGAGCCGGGAGGUUCAGGCAGCUCCUCCUGGGGUGUUUUCACUGUGGCCCCCCUAAAUACUGAAUUAGGGUUGUUCAUUCCUGCCCGGAGAGCUGGAAUCGCUUCCCAUCCCUUGCUGCCCUUUGGCGACACCCGAGGGCCCUGCUUUGGGCCCUAAUUAAUGAAUUCUUUUAGGAAUAAGCUAAUUAGUGCUUCUGUAGCCACCGCAGGGGUGAAGGUGGAGGGGAACGAGGGGGCCACGAGCAGAAUUCGGGGCUUGAGGCUCUGUCCAGUUCUUGCACCUCUUGAGGACUGGCAGCUUCCGCAGAUCCCUCCCCAAAAUCUGCAUCCAGUCCCCAAAACUUGUCAGUUUAGGGCAAACCCUUCCCCAGCUUCCCAAACGCUUCACCUGCAUAAGGGGUUUUGGGACACCCCCCUCUGGAGCACCCGGAGGGGGCGAGGAUGGGCCUGGGGGGGAGUUUGGGUUCAUUCCGGGUGAUUUUAGCAAAGCCAGUGGCAGCCAACACCUCGCAGCUCCAGGCAGGAGAGGAAAGAGGGCUUUUUUUUUGAGCUGAAAAGGGGGUCAAUUAACUCUAAAAUAUAACUGAGUAACUUAAAACCCAAAUGUAACAGAGUUAACCCCUCCUGAGACCCAGUGGAGCGACAGGAGCAGAGCCACUUCCAGCAGCUGGGCGUUUUUGGGGCUCAUUUGUUAAAAAAGGACUUAAAGAAACGCUCUGAGGCUUUGGGGGACAAUUCCCAGCUCCCAGAGGCUGGGGGAGGUCCCACCUUCCCCCCUCCCAGUGGUCACCUGGCUCUCAGAACUGGUGCUGAGGGAUCCCUUUGGCUGCUUUUUAUCCCUGUUCCCCUGCCACCUUUAGGUUUUGUAUCAUCCAGGGUAUGUUUCUAUGGAAUUAUCCAAUGCUUUGGGGGCUUUUGUAUAUUUUGCUUUCCCAGGAUGUUUUCAGUUGUUGUUAUUUGGAGCUUUUACAGUGAAUUUUUGGGGGCAGGUUUUGGUUUCUCUGACACCGCCGGGCAGAACUUCCCUAGCUGGAAUCAAACCUGUCAUUUCCCUAAUUUUUUUUUUUUUUUUUUAAUUCCCUAAAUUUUCCCUUUCCCCCCUCAUUUUUCAGUAUGGCUGAUCAGUGGACAGAGGAGUGGAAGGGAAAAUUGAAGCCAUAAAAAUGAAGGAAAAGGUGAAACUAGAAAGGUGAAGGGAAAGAGAAAAAUGAAGGGAAAAGUAAAAACAAAGCUAAAAAAGUAAGAGUGAAGCUCAACAGAUAAGGUCAAAUGAAGCUAAAAAGAGGCAAAUCCUCUCUAUUUGGGAUAAGUGGGAAUAAUUCAGGGAAUAAUGACCAGACCCUGUUCCACUUACAGCCAUUCCAGAACCUCCAGCGCGUGUCCUGCAGCUCCUGAUGCUGGUUCUGGAUUAAUUCAGUUUUUCCCCUCCCUGUGCAGGUUUCGGGGUGGUUUUGGUUUAAUUUCUGCUCAGAAUGUUUGUGUUGGGGGCGAAUUCCCUCGCACUCCUCAAUUUUCAGCUGUUUUCCUCCUAAAUCCUGACCCUUUGGGUGUGGGAACGCCAGGGAAAGCAGCAGAGGAGUGGCAGGAACUGGGUUUAUUUGCUCAAAAAGGCAAAAACCAGCAGGAAUUUGGAAGGCUGGAAGGAAAAGUGGUGAAGGAGAAAAGAAAUUUGGGAAAAUGUGUUCUUGGGGAAGCCGGGCUGGCUUGGCUGCCUCUCAGCAACACAGGAUUUGAGGAGAAUUAAGGGGUUUUAUUCCCAAUAAGCCCAAGCGGCUUUUUAGAGGUGAAAACUGACUGUGAUGGGGAGCAGAAAUAUUCCUGUAAAUUAGGCUUUUUUUGGGAAAACUCAGAGUGAGAGACGCUGUCUGGGGGAAUUUGGUGUCCGGAAAAGCUUCACUCCAAGACUGGGUUCCUUCUUCCAGGCAAAGCUCCGUGUUCAAGGCAUUAAAUUAUGGAAUUUAGGAAUAACGGCACUUUUUUCCCUGUCUAGAACUGCGGCUUCUGUCCCGACAAACCGGAUUGUUCUGUGGGCAAAGGAAAAAACCCCAAAUCCUAAAAAAUGCUAAAACCUGCAGGGCUGAUGUUUUACACAAAAAUGCUCGUUUUUCAUGUGUUUCUGAGGCAUUAACGGUGCUGUGAUGCUCCGGAGUCUCUGUGCGCUUCCGUCGGCGUCAGCGUCGUGACCAACAAUAAAAAAGUGCCUGUUUGGA